AUGGGGGCGGCCAUCGCAGGCAGGAAGCACAAUGCGGCCUUGGUGCAGCGAUCAGGGCUCCCCAGACGCCUGCUGAGCGCGCGUAGCGCCACCCCAGGCCGCCAGCGCGGCGGCGCCCUGGUCUGCCACGCCGUGGCGGCGCCGCCCGCUCCGGUGGCGGCGGCCGAGGAGAAGGUGCUGUCGACCUCCCGCUUCGACGACGCCGGCAUCACCAUGCACGUGGUGAAGCGCACGCAGCAGGGCGCAUCCGGUCCCGCAGUGUCGUACUGCGUUGAGGUUGCCAGCGACCAGCCGCGGCCCCAGCUGGUGCUGCACUGGGCGGUCAACGACUGGGCGCUGCCGGCGCAGGACUGCUGGCCCCCGGGCACCAACCAGGCGGGCGAUAAGGCGGUGCAGACGGCGCUGUCCGACGGCCGCCACCUCACCCUGACCUUCCCUGAGGACACCUGCCCCGGCCGCGUGGUGUUUGUGCUCAAGGAGGGAGAGAAGUGGUACAACAGCGGCGGCGGCGACUUUGUGGCACACCUCAAGCCGCCGGGCGUGGACGAGGUUCUGGAGAAGGUGCUUCAGGAGGAGAGCCAGAACACGCACUGGUCGCUGUUCAACCGCUUUGUCAUGGCCGCACAGAUGCUGGACGCCGCCGACGCCGCGGGCCCCCGCGGCAUGGGCUUCUUCUUCACCUGGCUGCGCCUGAGCACCAUGCGCCAGCUGGACUGGUACCGCAACAGCAACUACCAGAGCAAGGACAUUGCGCACGUGCAGAAGCACCUGGCUGAGCGCAUGGCGUACAAGGCCCGCACCGCCGACGACCCGCUGUGCCGCCUGUUUGCGCGGCUGACGCUGGCAGGCCUGCCGCGCGGCGGCGGCAACGGCGACGACAUCCGCAUGGGCAUCCUCAACAUCAUGCGCGCCAACGGCAUCAAGGAGGGACACCGCCCGGGCAUUGAGGAUCACUUCCUGGAGCAGUGGCACCAGAAGCUGCACACCAACACCACACCCGAGGACGUCACCAUCUGCGAGGCAUACCUCGCCUUCCUCCACUCCAACUCCAUGGAUGAGUUCUGGCGUGUGGCCUGGGAGCGCGGCUCGCUGACCCCGGAGCGGCUGGCCAACAUGGACCACCCCAUCACCGGCUACCCCUGCCACCUGCCCCACCUGAUCGACCCCUUCAAGCACUACCUGUGGAUCCUCAAGACCACACACUCGGGCGCCGACCUGGACACCAGCUUCACCAUGGCUCAGGGCCUGCUGGACGGGGACCUGGCCUGGAACAUCGGCGACAUGCUGAAGAACCGUGGCGAGUGGUGGGUGCCCGGCAAGAUUGUGGAGCUGCGGCACCGGCUGAAGCCGUACUGGCAGGCCGAGGGCUCCUCCCGCGACAUCUUGCUCCUCGACAUCGCCCUCGACAACUACUUCCGCCUGUGCGUGGAGCGCACAGACAAGGGCGCGCUGAGCGGCGACGACCUCCUCAGCCUGGCUGUGCUGGUGCUGGACAACGCAUCGGUGUCUGCUGAGAGCGCCGAGCUCGACCAGUGCCUGGCGCUGUGGCGACGCCUGCAGGAGGACGGCGCCGCGGGUGGCGUGCUGCUGCGCUUCCUGGACCCAAUGCUGCGCGGCGCGGCGGGGGUGGGCAGCUGGCAGGUGGCCAGCCAGGGGCGGGCGGCGGCAGGCGGCCUGCUCACCGUCAUGGCGGACCUUGCUGGGAUCCAGCGCUUUGACGAGCCGCAGGUCAUCGUGGCCGACAAGCUGACUGGCAACGAGGACAUCCCGGAGGGCGUGGUGGCGGUGCUCACCUCCUCCCCCACAGACGUGCUGUCCCACAUCGCCAUCCGCGCCCGCGCCCAGGGCGUGCUGCUGGCCACCUGCUUUGACGCAGAGGAGCUGGAUGCCAUCAAGGGCCGGGCAGGCGGCCACGUGUCUGCCUCUGUCACGCCCACAGGCAGCGUGAGCGUGGCGGCGGCCGAGGCACCCGCCGGCGGCGCCGCCUCGGGCGCCUCCUCGGCUCCCCGCCUCACGCUGCAGCGCCCCCAGUCCGUGGGCGGCAGCGGCAGCUGGGUGCUGGCUGAGUCGGAGUUUGGGCCGGGCGUGGUGGGUGGCAAGAGCGCCAACCUGGCGGCCCUGCGCUCCAAGCUCCCCGCAGGCGUCCAGGCCCCCGCCUCCAUCGCCCUCCCCUUUGGCACCUUUGAGCGCGUACUGGCGGCAGACUGCAACAAGGCGGUGGCGGCUGCGGUGGUGGCCGAGGAGCAGCAGGCGGCCGCGGCUGCGGGCGGCGGCGAGGUGCCCCAGGCCCUGCCCUCCCUCCGCUCCCUCAUAUCUGCGGACCUGGCAGCCCCCGCUGGCUUUGCCCAGGCGGUGGCCGGCGCGGCGGCGCAGGCGGGGCUCAUCCCCUCGGCCGCCGAGUGGGCCGAGGGCAGCGCGGGCUGGGAGGCGGCCUGGCAGGCCAUCUGCCAAGUGAGUGUGGGCUUAAUGGUGGUGGUGGUGUUGGGGGGCCAGCGCGGCGAGCUCCACGGCGAGAUGGUGGUGGGGAUGGGCGAGGCGCUGGUGGGAAACUACCCCGGCCGCGCGCUGAGCUUUGCCGCCAGCGCCGGCGCGCAGCCGCAGCUGCUCAGCCUGCCCGGCAAGCGUGAGGGCCUGUUUGCGGGGGCGGGCGUGCCGCACCUCAUCGCGCGCUCAGACUCCAACGGCGAGGACCUGGAGGCGUUUGCGGGCGCAGGCCUGUACGACAGCGUGCCCUUCCCAGCGCUGGAGCACCGGGCGGUGGCGUACGCCGGCGAGCCGCUGCUGUGGGAUGGCGGCCUGCGGCAGAGUGUGCUGGGAGAGCUGGUGCAGCUGGGGGCGGCGGUGGAGGCCGCGUUUGGCGGCGUGCCGCAGGACAUUGAGGGCGUGAGGACCGCCGAUGGCAGCACCUUUGUGGUGCAGUCGCGGGCGCAGGUGCUGCACCAGCACUAG